UAGAAGAAGAAGUGGUUGACGCAGGUGUUUACGCUUGGCUUCUUCCGGAGCUUUCUAAAACGGAGCAGCAUUUUUCCAAUCUGACGCCAAAUUCAGACUUAGAAAGACACUCGCGGCCAUGUUUCUUCCUGUUAACUCAAGUCACAGAGAUGCGUAGCAGAUGAAUAUGCUUAAGGUUGUCUGCCGUCCGCUAUAGACGCUUGUAUUGCGAGUUUUCCUUAGCAUUCAUCGCAGGCGAAGCUAAAGCUAGCGGUGCGUUAGCAGCGGCUCGGCGGCUGUGGACAUAAAUCGAAUAAACCAUCCCCCGAUCCCUUGUCCACAGUUAACUUAGAUAUCAGGCGAGGCAGUCAUGGCCACUCGGCGUCUGACCGAUGCCUUCUUGUUAAUGCGGAACAAUGCAAUCCAAAACCGGCAAAUAUUGGCUGAGCAAGUGAGUACAUACGAGCCGCGUCUGAGUACACGUAGCAAUGCUGCGGAGCUUGAUGAGUUGGCUGAUGAUCGAAUGGCCUUGGUGUCCGGAAUUAGUCUGGACCCUGAAGCUGCCAUCGGAGUCACCAAGAAACUGCCCCCCAAAUGGGUAGAGGGAAUUGAUGAGAUCCAAUAUGAAAUCACACGGGUUCGGCAGAAGAUGAAGGAACUGGCCUUACUUCACGACAAGCAUAUGAAUCGUCCCACACUGGACGACAGUAGUGAAGAAGAGCAUGCAAUAGAAAUCACAACCCAGGAGAUCACACAGAUGUUUCACCGGUGCCAGCGAGCUGUGACGGGUUUGCAGACUCGCUGUGGCCACUGCACCGAGCAGGAGGAGAGACUAUUGAGAAACGUGGUGUCGUCUCUGGCACAGAGUCUGCAGGACCUUUCCACUAACUUUAGGCACACACAGUCCAGCUACCUAAAACGUAUGAAGAAUCGUGAGGAGAGAUCGAAGCACUUUUUUGACUCGGGACCCUUAAUGGAGGAGGAUGAAGAUUUAGCCCUGUACGACAAGGGAUUCACAGAUGACCAGCUGAUGCUGGUGGAGCAGAACACAGUCAUGGUUGAAGAACGAGAGAAGGAGAUCCGACAAAUAGUGCAGUCCAUCUCCGAUCUGAAUGAGAUUUUCCGGGACUUAGCUGGAAUGGUGGUUGAACAGGGCACCGUUCUUGACCGGAUUGACUUCAAUGUGGAGCAGGCUUGUGUUAAAACAGACGAUGGAUUGAAACAGUUACAAAAGGCGGAGCAGUAUCAGAAGAAAAACAGAAAGAUGCUGGUCAUUUUGAUCCUCUUCAUCAUAGUCAUUGUUCUAAUUAUAAUUCUUUUUGGAACAAAGUUUUAGUCAUGCAUUCCUCUGGUGUUUGUCUUCUGUGUGGGUGUAUGUCGUGCAUCUGUGUGGACUUGGUUUUACUCCAAACAAAGCUUGACUGCCUUCCAAACCCACCGAGACGCGACAAGAGGAAUUUCACGUCUUUUUGCAGAUGCACUUAUGGUUAAGUGGAAAUAUUUUUUGUGGUCCAUUUUCAUGAAUGAAACAAUCAACAUUUUGUUUGAGCCAUGGCCAUUGUAUCAAGUGGCUCGCUCCAAUGCUCUCUGACCAAGAUUUGUCAAACCCAACCACAUUGAUGUAUCUCUUCUUCAGAAAAACAAAAACAUCAAGUUUGUGCUGCAAAAAAAUGGACUGUCAAUGUUGAGUUUUAAGGCAGUGUUCUCUGCUUAAACUGAAAGCAUGAAUUGUGAUCUUGCGUGAAGAGGAUGCAUCAUUUCUGUUCAAUAUCAUUGAAAACAUGUUGUUUCUGUGAGGGGUGUAUGAAAAGAAUGAAUGUAUGUGAAAGAGAAACAUGCAGUAGAUCUUAUUUUAAGGAAAAUCAUUUUCAUCUCUGCAUUUUACGUAACCUUUGUGUUAAGGCAGCACCAGAUAUGAUAAGAAUAGUCAUUCAGAACCAAAAAAUAUUCCUUUUGGUUUAAUGACCACCAUUUUUAUUUUUUAAAUCCCUUUAAUUAUAAUUAUAAUUAUACGGAGUACUGAGGUCCUUGUUACUCCACUGUCGGCCUGAGGAAGGUCUAUGCAGCCACGAGUAUCUUCAAUCUUAAGAUCAACCCUGCUGUACUUGGCAUCAAGUGCUCAUUGUAAACACUUUAUACUUUUUUUGUUUUGUUUUUCAUGGUCCUUGCAUUAAGUGCUACCUUUUUAAAACUUGCAGUUUGCACAUAUUGAGGCCUGGGGGGAGGGGAGGGGUGUUAGGGAUGUAUUACUACUGGCAUCUGUAUAAUGAAAAGAAAUAUUGACUUAUUUAUUUUUAAUAGCUUGAAAUAAUCCUGAGGUUAAGAGGUGUUCGGUUCCAGGCACAAUGACUGUAUAUUGAGUAAAGUGUAUGUGAAGUCUGAAGCCAACAGUUAUUGUCCACUUCACUGAGCAAACUGUUCUGUGGUCCAACACUAGCCGACACAUGAAGACAGCAUGAUGAGGUUGUUUAUAUUUUUCUCACAUUACAUUUGUUUGGCUUUCUUGGAAACGUGUGUUUUAUGAAGACUGAUAAGAUGAAAUGCUAAAGAGCUUUAUUUGACAUCUGUAUGCUACGGUUUAUACCCCUGUUAAAUCAUCUUUGUCAUUGAUGUGAAGUUGUGUGAAAAAAUGUUAAUAUCCUCGUGGUACUCUACUGAAGUUUUGUUUUUCCAAACGAAAGAGACAGAAGCUUUUUUUCCCUUUUUUUUUUUUUUUUUUUUUUAAUAAACCUGAAACAUUGUG